CAUAAAAAAACUGAAGAAAAAAGACGACGGAAGAAAAAAAAAAACGUGCUUUGAUUCGUGGCUUUGGUGCGUAACGCUUUUGCGCGCGCCGCUCUGUUAACGCACAGCCAAACGUCGAGAGCGCAGCGUCAAGAUCCAGAGACGGAGCAGCAGCACCUGAAGGUGACAUGAACCUGGGUAGAAUUAAGAAGCAAACCGCGAAGAAGUGGAGAUAGCAACUCGGAGUUUCUAAACAUUAUCGCUUCAUUUUGUCGUGGCCUCUUAUUUCACUGUCUUGGAGAUAAUUAAAAUACGGAAAUUAAAAUGGCGACGUUAAUUAGAGGCAAGCUGACGAAUAAACUGUCAAACGCAGCCACAGCUGUGUCUAACAAAUCACAGGCAAAGGUGAGUGGCAUGUUCGCGAGGAUGGGCUUUCAGGCCGCCACCGAUGAGGAGGCUCUGGGUUUCGCAUCUUGCGAUGAUUUGGACUACGACCACCGGCAAGGUAUGCAGAUGGACGUCCUGACUUCGGAAGAGAUGAUGAUGGGCGGCGGGGGAGAGGGUGGUGAGGGCAGCGGGGACAUGAUGGAAGGGGACAGUCACUACCAGAGAGACGGCACCGGGCCACCAAAGUCUGCCUCCAAAGACGGAGCUUCACCCAACGAAUUAAGUGAAGCCAGACCCAAAAUCACCGCCUGGGAAGCUGGAUGGAACGUCACCAAUGCCAUCCAGGGGAUGUUCGUCCUGGGCCUGCCCUAUGCCAUUCUCCACGGUGGAUACCUCGGACUCUUUCUCAUUAUUUUCGCCGCCGUCGUUUGCUGCUACACGGGGAAAAUCCUCAUCGCCUGUCUGUACGAGGAAGACGAGGACGGACAAAUGGUCCGCGUCAGAGACUCGUAUGUGGACAUUGCUAAUGCCUGCUGUGCACCCCGCUUCCCGACUUUGGGCGGUCAUGUCGUGAAUGUAGCGCAGAUCAUUGAGCUGGUAAUGACAUGCAUCCUGUACGUGGUAGUGAGCGGGAAUCUCAUGUACAACAGCUUCCCAAACAUGCCCAUCUCACAAAAGUCCUGGGCCAUAAUAGCCACCGCUGCGCUGCUGCCGUGCGCCUUCCUCAAAAACCUCAAAGCUGUGUCCAAGUUCAGCUUAUUGUGCACUUUGGCUCACUUCGUUAUCAACAUUCUGGUGAUUGCCUACUGCCUGUCCAGGGCUAGAGACUGGGCCUGGGACAAGGUCAAGUUUUACAUAGAUGUCAAGAAGUUCCCCAUCUCCAUUGGAAUUAUUGUGUUCAGUUACACGUCUCAGAUCUUCCUUCCGUCGUUGGAGGGCAACAUGCAAAAGCCUAGCGAGUUCCACUGCAUGAUGAACUGGACCCAUAUUGCUGCCUGCAUCCUCAAAGGCCUCUUCGCGCUUGUGGCCUACCUGACCUGGGCUGAUGAAACCAAGGAAGUGAUAACAGACAACUUGCCUCCGGGCAUUCGCGCUGUAGUCAACAUAUUUCUUGUGGCCAAAGCAUUGCUUUCCUAUCCUUUGCCGUUUUUUGCCGCUGUCGAGGUCUUAGAGAAAAGCUUUUUCAAAGAUGGGGGGCGCACAUAUUUCCCAGAUUGCUACGGGGGCGACGGACGACUCAAAUCGUGGGGACUCUCACUCCGCUGUGGCCUUGUAGUGUUCACCUUGCUUAUGGCCAUUUACGUGCCACACUUCGCGCUGCUAAUGGGCCUCACGGGCAGCCUGACAGGCGCGGGCCUUUGCUUUCUGCUUCCCAGCCUCUUCCAUCUCAAGCUUCUCUGGAGAAAGCUCCUAUGGCAUCAAGUUUUCUUCGACGUCGCAAUCUUUGUAAUAGGAGGUAUAUGCAGCAUCUCUGGCUUCAUUCAUUCAAUGGAGGGGCUCAUAGAGGCCUUUAAAUACAACAUAGAAGAAUAGCUCGUAGAUGUUCAAUGCAAAUCCCCGUUUAGUCAAAGAAAAAAAAAC